AGAGGUGUGUAAUGAAAAACUUUCUUUUACUUGUUGCUUUAAUUUUUUCUUUUGCAUUCGAGGCUACUGCUGCUCUUGAUGAAACAUCAACGGUAAUAUGUGCAAUAGUAACCUAUUCACAUAGUAUAGGUGGACCGAUUAUGACGGUAGUGAUUAUCGGCGCAGCACUGCUUGCAGUAUUUGGCAGAAUGCCGUGGCCGGCACUUGUUGCAUUGGGUAUAUUCACUGGUGCGUUUUUUGGUGCACCUGCAAUUGUAAAGGCUAUUGCACCAGGUGCUGCACAGUGUCCCGAAAAAGCAGACACAACAAAGACGUGUCCUGAAAAUCAACAUUGGGAUAAUACAACGAGAGCAUGUAAAGCUAAUGCUUAACCAAAUCUAAAAGCUCAGGCACUUCUAUUUAGAAGUGCC